AUGACUGUGGUGAUUCCAUUAGAGUCAAUACCAGUGAAUAGCAGAAAUGUAGCAAAGCAAUACGGUGUCAUCAAGAAUACGAUCGGACAAGCAGCCUGUAAUAGCAAAAGGAGAAACAUUUGGCGCUGA